AUUUACCAAAGAGACUUUAUGGUUCCGUUGUACCCCUGACUUGUCAAGACUCAAGGUCUUUGUUUCUCUACUCUAGUUUCCUUGUUACGCCUAUUGUCUGUUUUAGCUAUAAGACAAUACAAGUGCAUGCGCGUUUUGUCUAUUGUUUUGAAUACUUCUGGGUACUUUAUUCUUUUAGAUAGCACUCAUUAUUUCGCCUGUACCAAGACUUUAGUUGCUAUUUUUAGAAGUAGAGGAUCGGCAAAAUGAAGGUUCUGGCAAUACUAUGGACGGUAUGUCUGGUGGGACUCUGCCACUGUGGAGGUGAUAAUGGUGGCGCUAAAGGAGGAGUAAAGGGAGGAGAGAAACAGAAUCAACCACAGGAAAAUGCGCAGCCAGCAGGUCGUGUUGAUAUCAUUCUCGAUUUAGCUAAUCCUGAUAAAGACAAAGUGAACAUAGAGACAAAGGAAGUUAGUGGAGUAGAACAUACUACCUAUACGUCAAAGAGUGUCCCUGUAACUUUAGUUGUUGGAGAAGAGACUCGACUUUGGGCUACUCCCGAGGGUGAAAAACUUCUAUUGGCGAGAGUAUCUAAAAAGAAUGAAUCUUCACUACUCUUAAUUUCCGCUAAAACUCAUGGGAGGGUUGGUAAAAAGUAUUUUGAAAAGAAUGGCAAUGGUGAAUGGAAGAAGAUUACUGAGGAAAACUAUGACAAGAAACUAGAGGACCUAAAGAAUGAACCGACUAAGAAGUCUGCCAAAGCGAAUGAUCAGUCUGAAGACUCUCCUAAUAUUCCACCUCAAUCUGAGGCUCCUCCUAGUGAACUACCUGGAGCUAAGAAGAAAAAUUCCAAAAAAUGA